GUACGCCGGAAGAGUAAAUUUACAAGCAGAACGAUUUAAAUUAAAUGUAUUAACCAGUGAUCAAUUUAAAUGCUUAUUAUUCAUUUCUGGUCUGAACUCUCCUGUUGAUGCUGACUUUCGCAUGAAGUUGUUAUCCCGUAUGGAACAUGAUGAUGAAAUGACGUUACAAACUAUCACCACUGAAUGUCAACGAUUAAUAAACCUAAAACAAGAUACAGCUAUGCUGGAAACCAAAAGUGCUGCGCCAUCAAAUUCUGUUCAUGCUGUUAAGACAGGUCAAAGACAAAACAGUACCAAAAGUCAUAAAUAUUACUCGAAAACUCCUAAACCUGCAACUAAAUGUUGGUAUUGUGGUGCGUGGCAUUUCUCAAGAUUUUGCCGGUUUAGAAAUCAUAGAUGCACUAUAUGCAAUAAAGUUGGCCACAAAGAAUUAGUCUGCCGAACUAGAGAAAGUUUAAGAUCAAAACGAACCAGACGUCCGCACCAGUACGAAAAUAAGUAUAUAAACAGCGUAUAUUCUACACUGGCUCUAAGCGUAGCGAAUAAAAGAAGAUAUGUGGAAUUAAUUGUUAAUGGUGUUUAUAUUCGAUUGCAAUUGGACACAGCGUCAGAUAUCACACUAAUCUCGAAACGAACGUG